AUGUCUCCCCCGAUUUGCUUCCUUUGCCAUGAGCCAAGCGAGCGCUUCGUGACACGACAAUCCAAUCGAAAGAGAAAUGCUGGGCGCCCUUACUACAAGUGCAGACCGUGUAACAAGUUUCUCUGCUUCGUCGAUGAGCGGGGAGUCAACCCCAACCACCCAUGGUGUCAUUGCCGUCGUCCGAGCAGACUACAAGUGUCGGGUCCAGAGAAGUCAAUUCCCCGUUCGCUGCAUUUUGUAUGCAGAACCGGAACUUGCGACUAUUUCAGCUGGCAGCACAAGAGCGGCGAGCCCGUCACCGUGACUGACGAUGUUGUGGGCAUGAUGGCAAACCUAGCGAUCGUUUAA